AUGCAUCGACCCCGCGCCAGCUUGGGCAAGCUGCUGCUGCACGCAGUUGCGGCUGCCGCACUUGUGGCUGUGGCGCUCGGGGACGGCCUCCCAUUGGAUGGCGACCCGCUUCAGCUGCGGUACACGGGCCCCAACCCAUGCAGCGUGGAUGGGCAGCUGCUCGACACGGUGCAGGUCCCGGACCCCCAGAGCUGCAACCAGUACUUUGUGUGCUGCCAGGGGCAGGCGGUGCACUACGCCUGCAGGGUGCCCUCCUCCCCCAUGCCCUACAUGGUGUACUCGGACGCAAACGCCACCAACAGCUACUACUCACCGGCCACCGGCGAGUGCACCAGGACUCAGGGCCAGCUCAGCACACAGACCAUGGUCUGCCCUGCAGCUGGGGUUGCACCUGUGACAACGGACUGGGCCGAUCAGGUGUGCACUGCGAUUGCAGGGUACAAGGGCGCCCAAGACCCCGCUGCCGCUGCUCCUGCAGUGGGCACCAGCGCCCCCGCCGCCGCCCCCGCCGCCGGCGCCGCCCGCGCCAUGCCGCUCGGCCGUCGCGUCGGCCGCUCCCCCGCCCCCGCGCCCGCCGCCGCGGGCGGCAACAGCACCAGGGGCGCGCCGGCAGCUGCCGGGAAGCCGCAGUACCAGCGGGUGUCACCCACGCACCCGUAUGACGCCCUUGAUUUCAACCUGAAGCUGCAGCCGCUGCAGGGGGGACCCGACGUCACCGGCGCCUGGCAGCUGAUCGUGGGCCCCGAUGGGCACUCCAGCACCGGCACCAUCGCGAUGCACGCGGCCCUCAUCCCCGGCACGGAAAAGGUGGUGGUCUGGUCGCGCCGCCUGCCGCAGGGCGUGGCCUAUCAGGCUGGCAUGUCGCCAAACGGCCGCGGGGAGGUUUCGAGCGUCUUCGACACCGCUACGGGAACCUAUGUGGCCACGCCCAUGGACUUUGCGCCCUUCUGCACCGGCCAAUCCCACACAUCGGAUGGAACCAUCAUAGCGACAGGCGGCGACGCUGAUGUGGGCGGCUACUUGAAGGAUGGCCUCAGGGCAAUCAGGCUCUGGCGCAAGGACGCGAAAGCCUGGGAGAUCGCGCCCGUCCAGCUCGCAGAGCCCCACUGGUACCCCACCCAGCUGCCUCUGGGCGACGGCGUGCGCACCCUGAUUGUUGGCGGCUACGCAAACGGAGAGACGGGCACGCCCACGCCCUCCAUAGAGAUCUUUGACUACAAGGCCAACACGGUCACCACUCUGUCUCGGAUCUUUGAUUUCAAAGCCAGCACGGUCGCCUCACUCUCCAAGGUGCCCGAGCUGGUGGCUCUUGGCGGCCUGAACCUGUACCCUCUUGUGAUCCAGCUGCCCUGGACUGACGCGGCCCUGCCGGCCGGCAGCUACCCCCUCUUCCUCUUCGCCGGCAGCGCCGGCCAGGUGUGCGUUGCGUCUGGGGAAAGGUGGUGA